AUGGAAGACUGUUUGGCAAAAAAAAUGGAAAUCACUGUUUCGGAAGCCGAAAAACGGACUGGGAGGAAUGCCAUGAACAUGCAAGAAACGUACACUGCUUACCUCAUUGAGACAAGAGCUGUUGAGUCCCAGAUUGAGGGACAGUGUGCCCCAGUGGACUCCCUGUGGCGACGUUACAGUGAAUUUGAGUUGUUGAGGAAUUAUUUGUCGGUUACCUAUCCACAUAUUGUUGUUCCACCUCUGCCAGAAAAGAGGGCUGACUUCGUUUGGCAUAAGCUAUCAGCGGAUAAUAUGGAUCCAGAUUUUGUGGAAAGAAGAAGAAUCGGUUUGGAAAACUUCUUGUUACGCGUGGCUUCACAUCCUGUUCUUUGCCAAGACAAAAUCUUCUAUUCGUUUUUAACACAGGAAGGUGGAUGGAAAGAAAUGGUGAAUGAGACUGGAUUUCAGUUAAAGGCAGAUUCCAGAUUAAAAGCUCUUAAUGCAACAUUCAGAGUGAAAAACCCAGACAAGAGAUUUACUGAGCUAAAACACUAUAGCGAUGAACUGCAGUCUGUCAUAUCACACCUUCUGCGAGUCAGAGCUAGGGUAGCAGACCGGCUAUAUGGUGUCUAUAAAGUCCAUGGCAACUAUGGAAGAGUAUUCAGUGAGUGGAGCGCAAUAGAAAAGGAGAUGGGGGAUGGGUUGCAGAGUGCUGGCCACCACAUGGAUGUAUAUGCAGCUUCUAUUGAUGACAUAUUAGAAGAAGAGGAACAUUAUGCAGAUCAGCUGAAAGAAUAUCUCUUCUAUGCAGAAGCACUACGGGCAGUUUGCAGGAAACACGAACUAAUGCAAUAUGACUUGGAAAUGGCUGCACAGGACCUAACAUCUAAGAAACAGCAGUGUGAGGAGCUGGCAACAGGAACUGUGAGAACAUUCUCCCUGAAAGGGAUGACCAGCAAACUCUUCGGGCAGGAAACCCCUGAGCAGAGGGAAGCCAAGAUAAAGGUUCUAGAAGAGCAGAUACAGGAAGGAGAAGAACAACUUAAGUCUAAAAAUCUGGAGGGCAGAGACUUUGUGAAAAGUGCCUGGGCUGACAUCGAACGGUUUAAAGAACAAAAGAAUCACGAUUUGAAGGAGGCGCUUAUAAGCUAUGCUGUUAUGCAGAUUAGCAUGUGCAAAAAGGGAAUUCAAGUUUGGACAAAUGCAAAGGAAUGCUUCAGCAAGAUGUGAUUAUCUGGAAAUGAAUUCCUCCUCCAAGUGCCAGAGAACGGAAGCACAAAUGUAUAACACCAAUCUUAAGUUGCUACAUGACUUACAUAUAAAUCAUGAAAUAAAUGAGUUGAGUGAAUAGUUUUUCUUUCUGCUGAUUGUAAUUGUUAAUAAAGGACAAAAAGGACAUGUUAUUAAAUGUUUAGCGCUGACUGCCACUUUCGUGGCGUGUUUUAUAUGUGGUAGCAAAUAAUUCAGGGGUAAAAGAGUUACUGAAAACUACAGCUCUGUAUUGGGGCAAAGGUAUAGGGAAAGUUAUCCCAGAAAGUAUGAACUGAACUGUUCUGAGACUUGUGAAACACCAUGCUCUGUAAUGUGUAGAUCACUUCCAGAUGCCCUUCUUUUCAGCCAUUGCUGUUUAGACUUCGUAAUGCUCAAGGGUGCUUUGGUUUUAUAAUGGGACACACAGUUGUGUUCUUGAGGUCUACACCAUAAGAGGACAAAAAAUGAAAUAUUGUAACGCCUGGGGUUUGUAUUUAAAUGCCUUUGCAUGUCCAUAGAGAAAUGUGCUUUUCCAGAGUUCAGGUUAAGCAGUCUCAAGCUCCUGAGAUGUUUGAAACUCUCUACAGUAGAGGUG